GUGAAGAUGGGGGACUGGAACUUGUUGGGGAGCAUUUUAGAGGAGGUUCACAUUCACUCCACCAUCGUGGGUAAAAUCUGGCUGACCAUCCUGUUCAUAUUCCGGAUGUUGGUUCUCGGCGUGGCGGCCGAGGACGUUUGGGUGGACGAGCAAAGCGAGUUCAUCUGCAACACGGACCAGCCGGGAUGCAAGAACGUCUGCUACGACCAGGCGUUCCCAAUAUCGCUCAUUCGCUUCUGGGUACUGCAGAUCAUUUUUGUUUCCUCGCCUUCGUUGGUCUACAUGGGACAUGCUCUGUACCGGCUGAGGGCUUUGGAGAAAGAACGGCACAGGAGGAAAAUCCAGCUGAGAGCCGAGCUGGAAGAGACGGAGCCCCUCUUGGAGGAGCACAAGAAAUUGGAGAAGGAACUGAGGAAGCUGGAAGAGCAGAAGAAAAUGAAGAAGGCUCCUCUGAGAGGCUCCUUGCUGCGCACAUAUAUUAUUCAUAUCCUUACCAGAUCAGUGGUGGAAGUGGCGUUCAUUGUGGGGCAGUAUAUCUUAUAUGGCAUAGGACUGGAUCCUUUGUACAAGUGCGAGAGGGUGCCUUGCCCGAACAGCGUGGACUGUUACGUCUCCAGGCCGACGGAGAAGACCAUCUUCAUGGUUUUCAUGAUUGUCAUUGCAGGGGUUUCGUUGUUCCUCAACCUCAUGGAAAUAUCCCACCUGGGGGUGAGAAAAAUUAAACAGACACUAAGCGGACUCAAGUGUCGAGGACGACAGUCUUUUAUUCAUAUCACAACUGUGGUGCAUCAGAUAACAAAGGCAUGA